CGCGUGCAGUUUACUUCUUGUUCGACGUCAACGAAACCAUCCUUACCUUCCGCCGUGGAUCACGAGAAGGAAGUAGGCGAAGCCAAGGGAUCGGCGACCGCCGCCGACGAGGGAGGAUGAGCUACCCGCCUCCGCCAGGGUAUUCGCCGGUGUACCCGCCGCCGUCGGCGCCCGGCGCGCAGCAGGGCCCGUACUACCCGCCGCCGCAGCAGCAGGGGUACCAGGGGUACUUCAACCAGGGCCAGCAGCCGCCGCCAUACUACUACCCGCCGCAGCACGGUGGCCACCACAGCCACGGCCACCACCACCAUGACCACCACGUCGAGGACCACCACCAUCACCACCACCACCAUGGCCACCACGGCGAUGACUGCUGCCUUGGCUUCCUCAGAGGAUGGCUGGCUGCUCUAUGCUGCUGCUGCAUGCUGGAGGAGUGCUGCUGCUGUUUCUGGUGACAUUCCUGCUUGGAAGCUCUUCGUGUCUUGUAUUUUCGGAAUUGGGCGUGCCGCAGUAUCUAGUGAAUCUAGUGACUCGUUAUUAUUCCUCAAGAUAUGAACGCAUUCUGUUACCUGUGUUAAAUAGUAUUUACAUUAUUUUUUGCUUAAAUGUAUGGACCAUGGAUUAACGUUAUUGUGCAAAGUGUACAUGAUCCAGACAUUAUAUUUUUCAUUGGUUGAUUGUAAAGCUUAUUGUAAAUUUUUCA